AUGGUCAUGCUGCGCGUGCCCCUGGUGAUCUUCUUCCUGGCCUCGGCGUGGGCGCAAGAGCUCUCGCAGCAGGAGCUCGACCCAGUGCUUGCGGCGGACGACGAGUGCGCCUCCGACGGCGGCGAGUCCUGUGGCGUGGAGUUGCUCCAGGCUCGCGCCUCGAAGGACGUCAAGGUGGAGCUGGCGAGCUCCGCCGUGGAGGCCAAUGGGGAAGGUGGCGAGCAGCUCCUGCAGCACAACGCCACCGCCAACGCCACGGCCAACGCGUCGCAGCCGCCAUGCGCCGGCAACAACGCGGCCUGCUGGAUCGACAUCGACUGCUGCUCCGCCCGCUGCUCGUCCACCCGCCGUUGCGCGCCGGUGCGCUGA